UUGAUUUUUUUUCAUAGAAGUAGAAAUGUAGAAAAAUAUGAAAAUUGAGUUUGAAAAAUGUAUAAAAAUAAUUCAGAAAAGUUAUAAAGAGUGUAAUUAGUGUUAAUAUGUUACUUAGAAGUUUGAAGAAAAGAAAUUUCUCAUUUGUUCUGAAUUAUAUCUCAAUUCGGCAUGAAAAUAAUCAUUGCUGCAGAUGCUUAAGGUACACGCAGAAGCGUUUUUCGUCUGAGAAACGAAACGAAAAGUAUGAUAUUGCAGUCACAAAAUAUGAAAGCAUACCAGUACAGAACAUUCGAAAUUUCAGUAUCAUAGCUCAUAUAGACCAUGGUAAAAGUACUUUGGCAGAUCGUUUAUUAGAAUUUACCGACACAGUUACAUUAGAACCCGGAACAGCACAGUUUCUAGAUAGGCUUCAGGUUGAAAAAGAACGAGGUAUUACUGUAAAAGCUGUCACCGCAUCGAUACAAUAUGUGUCGAAAAUUACGGACGAAAAAUACCUAUUGAAUUUAGUCGAUACUCCAGGUCAUGUGGAUUUCGCCAACGAAGUUACUCGAGCACUAGGAGCAUGCCAGUCUGUGAUAUUAUUAGUAGACGCUAAUCAAGGCGUACAAGCUCAAACUUUUGCAAAUUUUUAUCUGGCUUUUGGUAAUGAUUUGGUCAUAAUUCCUGUGAUUAAUAAGAUUGACUUGAAGAAUGCCAAUCCAGAGUUGGUUGAACAACAGUUACACAAUUUGUUUGAUAUUGAAAAGAAAGACGUAAUCCGAGUAUCUGCAAAACUGGGUACCGGUAUCGAAGAUUUAUUAGAAGAAAUAAUUGACAGAGCACCUCCGCCGCCUGCCAAUAGAGAUGCUCCUUUCAAAGCGCUUCUUUUCGAUAGCUGGUUUGACCAGUACCGAGGGGUGGUUAUGUUAUUUUACGUUCAAGAUGGAGAAAUAAAAGAAGGGGAUAGUAUCACAUCGCACCAUAAUGGACAAACGUAUAUAGUUAAACAUGUUGGAAUCGUACGUCCGAACGAAUACGAAACUGGUAUACUAAAAGGUGGUCAGGUGGGCUAUGUCACUUGCAAUAUGAGAUCGGCGAAAGAAGCUCUAAUCGGUGACACGUUUUAUUUUAAAAAUGCACCAGUUGAACCAUUUCCCGGAUUUAAACCAGCACAGCCGAUGGUUUUUGCGGGAAUUUAUCCGGUUGAUCAAACUCAAACCGUGAGUCUGCGUAACGCUAUCGAGAAAUUAACUUUAACUGAUUCUGCAGUUACCAUGGAACCUGAAACUAGCCCUGCUUUAGGUCAAGGGUGGAGAUUGGGAUUUCUCGGACUAUUACACUUGGAAGUAUUUAAUCAACGAUUAGAACAAGAAUAUGACGCUCAGACAGUAACGACUGCUCCGAGUGUUACGUAUAAAAUACGAAUCAAAGGAGAAAAAAAUAUCAAGCAAUACAAAAGCGAAGAAAUUUUUAUUUCUAAUCCCACCAAAUUACCGGAUCCGGCAAUCAUAACAGGAAUGUUUGAGCCUACCGUUAAAGGAACAAUCAUAGCGCCAAUUGAAUAUAUGAAAGACGUUACGGCGCUUUGCGUUGAUAGAAGAGGCGAACAACACUCGAGUUCACAAGUGGAUGAAUCGCGAAUCAUGAUGCAAUAUAUUUUUCCCUUAAAUGAAAUUGUAGUCGAUUUCCACGAUCAAUUGAAACGCAUUACUUCCGGUUUUGCUAGUUUUGACUACGAAGAUCACGAAUAUAUUUUAUCGGAUUUAAUCAAGGUGGAUAUUUUAUUGAACGGAAAUCCGGUUGAAGAAUUAACCAUGAUUGCUCAUAAAAGUAAAGUUCGUGAAGUUGCUCGAGAUGUUUGCCUCCGGUUAACCAAUAUCAUUCCAAGGCAACAGUUUUUGAUUGCAAUCCAAGCAGUCAUCGGUGGCAAGGUGAUAGCUCGAGAAAAUAUAAAACCUUUUAGAAAAGAUGUUUGUCAAAAAUUGUACGGAGGCGACGUUACUAGACGAUACAAGAUACUGGCCCGUCAAGCGGAAGGUAAACGAAAAAUGAGAAUGAUUGGAAAAGUGGAAAUUCCCAGAGAUUCUUUCAUUCAGUUAUUCAAAAAAUAAAACCGUUGAGUUUACGAUGGCGAAUACAAUUUUAAAGGAAGUACAUUUUGUAAAUAAUUGAUCAAAAAUUAAUAUCUUCUAGUCGUCA